CUACUCUCUUCUCUUCUUAUAAUAACUGCACAAGCACCUCUGUUAUGCAAAUUGCUACUGCUGUAUCCCUUGGGCCUAAAACAAACAGGAAAAAAAAUAUAACUCGCAGGUACAAGGUGGCGGUGUGAGGAACACAUGGCCGCAGGAGCUGCCGAUGGGUUCUUCCGUUAUGUCCAUGAGAGUUGUCUCUCCGGUGGUGAGAUGGGUAUUGAUCGUAGGCCAUACCAUCGCAAUUGCAGCUGUGCGCUUCACAAAUCGAAAGAGAAUUGUUCACAUGCAAUGUCGAGGUAUAAAAAUGUGUCGUAUCCAAUAAAAAGGUGUUGGAGUGAAGGAAGUUUGGCUUUGAUGGUUGCUAAUUCUUCUUCUUGUUGUCAUUCUUCUCCAUCUUCUUCACCUUCUUUACAAGCGGGGAAGAGUACUGCCACUCCUCAUCAAAGGAGGUUAAGCCAUGAUCUUGAUCUUGAAGACCAAGUGUGUUCUUUCAAGUUCUAAUCUUUCUAGUUUUUUUUUUGGUGGGGAUUGGUUUUAUUCUUGAAUAAUUUGGUCUUUAAUAGUGUUUCGUUUGAUCUGUCAAAUGGUUGGUGUAGUUUGUCAUGAAAAUGAAGAUAAAAUGGGUUCGUUUUGUAAGGAUGCUAGAAAUCUCUCUUAAUGCUAAGAAUUUCAGUUGUGUAUUGCGGUGUAAAAUUAGAUGUUCUGUAUGUGUAUAUCCAUCUUCCAUGGCUUCUGCUGUUUCUCUUCUAUCUACUUCAUCUUCCAUUCUGGCCCAUGUACAGAUCUAAGAAACAAGGAAAAGAAAUAAAAAAAAGUUGAAAUAGAUGUGAAGUUGGCUAUGUUCAAUGUGUUUCGUUGCCUUUCAUUUGAACAAUCAUCAAUCGAUGAAUUACUUGCAGAGAGAAGCAACAGAAAAUAAUUGCUGUUUUCAACAAAUUCCAAGCAAUUCCAGCUGUAUCAAAGAUUAUCAAUCUUGGAUCUGUCAACAUCAAGAAACUUCAGAACUCGGGGAAGUUUGAACCGUUUUAAGAUGACAUUUAAGUUUUUAAGAUGACAGAGUGGGUUGAAUGGUCAAGUCAGCAUCCGCACACUAAAAAGCCAUAAACGCGUCAACAAGGAUACACCUUUAAAGAA